CUCGCAUUGUUUGACGUUUGUCGCUCUCUGAUUGACGUGAGAACAAAGUGCGGUGCGGUGUGGUGGGUGGUUUGUUGUUAUUAUUGUUGCGUUUCUGUAAUGUGAGUAAGAUAUAGAGAGAGAGAGAGCGAGUUUCGUUCGUUUGUUCGGUCGAGUGGUCGAGAACAACGGAAAGGAAAGAGUUGAGCGAUUUCUGCAAGUAACAAAAGGACAUGUCGAGGUUGCGGUCGUUAGCUCCCGCUGCAGUCCUGCUGUACGUGUGCGUCUCGGUGGGAGCAAGCGUCGGCGGUGAUGCCGGUGAUUUGGAUCAAUGCAAGGAAGCGUGUGCGGAGAGCUUCUUCCUGCUGCCCCAGAUCGAGGACGUGCAGGAGAUUUGCCAGAGGGGCUGUCGCAUCUUCAACAUCAUAUACCUGAGGGAGGAUCACGAUCUGAAUUCGACAAAAGAAGAAUGUCAUCUCUCUUGCAACGAGGCAUACACUGGGAGGACGGAACAGCUAAAGUCGUGCGAGGUGGGCUGCUCGGCGACCUGGAAGAGAAAGGAAGCGGCCGAUCUGUCGCUGAUCCCGUUGUUCCUGCAAUUCGAGCAGCUUCGUCAGCAGGAUAGGAGCGGUGGUGCUGCGGUCAUCGUCGAACCAGAAUUGGAGAUCGUCGAGUCGGAGGAUUUGAUCCUCGAACCGCUGAUGCAAAAUCAAAUCGAGAUCAUCGGAUACAGCGUCGAAUACAAGAUACCGGAGGCAAAGAUCCGGACUAUGCCGAUCGAUGAUCACUGGAGGACGGAAGAGAUCGUGGAAGCGAUGGACGAUCGUCGUGGAAAUUCGCAACUGCAGCAGCAGCAGCAGCCGUCCGGCGAUUGGUUGGAUUGUGCGUCCAGGAACUCGGGGAUACCGAAAUGGUUUCUGCUGCUCGCCAUAAUCGUUGCGAUACUUGCAGCCCUCUUCCUCAGCAUCAGCAGCGAGCGAAAGUUGAUCAUCGACGUCGAGGAUGAUUUUGAUUUGGAAGCUCGUCUUCUCAUCGAAGCCGAUCGUCGAUGCAGAAAUGAGAAGGAGGAAAUGGAAGAGGCGGAAGCGUUGCCAGCAAAGCAACCACUACACCUUGCUAGCAACGAAUGCAACACGGAAACUGAGAGGAUGACGGUGAUUCAACUCUAAACGAUUCUCAUCCUCCUCCACCUCCUCUAAUAAUAAUUAUUAUUCAAAUCUAGUCAUCACACUCAUUUCCUUAUCUCCUCUGUUCCUUAUAUUUAUAUAUAUCUUGUUGUUGUUGCUGCUGCUGAUGCUGCUGUUGUUAAUGAUGAUGUUGAUGUGUAUUUCUUUGUAUGCUAUAGUAAUAUAUUAAUAGUAAUAACAACAACAACAAUUAUAAUA